GCGGGCAGGCGGGCGGGGCCGGUUGCUGGGGUGAUGUCCUGUAAGGCCUCUUCCCACAGUGGCCCCAGGGGUCUGGGGAGGUGACAUGUUGGGCUGUGGGAUCCCAGCGCUGGGCCUGCUCCUGCUGCUGCAGGGCUCGGCAGACGGAAAUGGAAUCCAGGGAUUCUUCUACCCAUGGAGCUGUGAGGGUGACAUAUGGGACCGGGAGAGCUGUGGGGGCCAGGCGGCCAUCGAUAGCCCCAACCUCUGCCUGCGUCUCCGGUGCUGCUACCGCAAUGGGGUCUGCUACCACCAGCGUCCAGACGAAAACGUGCGGAGGAAGCACAUGUGGGCGCUGGUCUGGACGUGCAGCGGCCUCCUCCUCCUGAGCUGCAGCAUCUGCUUGUUCUGGUGGGCCAAGCGCCGGGACGUGCUGCAUAUGCCUGGUUUCCUGGCGGGUCCGUGUGACAUGUCCAAGUCCGUCUCGCUGCUCUCCAAGCACCGAGGGACCAAGAAGACGCCGUCCACGGGCAGCGUGCCAGUCGCCCUGUCCAAAGAGUCCAGGGAUGUGGAGGGGGGCACCGAGGGGGAAGGGAUGGAGGAGGGUGAGGAGACAGAGGGCGAGGAAGAGGAGGAUUAGGGGAGUCCCUGGGAGACUGCUCAAUACAGAUACGGUGGACGGA